GCAAACAGCAAAAAGCAAAACCCGCUUCUCCCUCCUGCACUCCACUACUUGCCUUCCCGCCCGUCCUCUACUCCCCCAAAUCCGCCGGGCCAAACCCUAGAGAAGGCGAUCGGCAUUUCCCCGACGGCGAGCGGGCGGAAGCGGACAAUUAUGCCCCGCUGCCGCCGCGACAAGGGGCAGGCGCUCAUCGACCUCGACAGCGACGCCGAAGACGAGUGCCAAAGCAAGGGUUCUCAAACAAGUAGAACAACAACAUUGAAGACAUCUGGGAGAUUGAAAAAUGUAUUAACAACAACAUUGAAGACAUCUGGGAGGAGAUCCAAAAAUGUAUUGCCUUCAUUUUAUGAUAACCUCCCCCAGGGCAGAGCCUCACGCCAUGCAACUAGCAGGAGGAACAAGACAAAUCAAGACAAGCUAAAUACUGAUAUUUUUGAAUUAUACAUGGAAGAUCUUUGGAAGCACAUUGAUGAAGAUAAGAAGAGUGCUUAUGCAUACUUGGAUUCUUUAUGGUUUAACAUGUAUUACCAUGGGAGUAAUAAACCUAAUGUCCUUAAAUGGAUAAAAGCUAAGAGAAUAUUUUCAAGACAAUAUGUUUUUGUUCCUAUUGUUUGUUUUGGACACUGGAGCCUCCUUGUCUUAUGCCACUUUGGUGAUGCAAACUGUUCGGAUAUUAAGAAAGGACCACGGAUGAUGGUGCUGGACUCACUCAAUACGACAGAUCCGACAAGGUUGCGAUCAGCAAUCAGAAAAUUCAUUAUUGACAUUUACAAGACUGAGGAGCGGGAAGAAAGCAAGCAGUUCAUAAACAAAAUCUGCCUCGAGUUUCCCAAAGUGCCACAGCAAAAUGGGGAUGAAUGUGGAAUUUAUGUUCUUUAUUUCAUCCGCUGUUUUCUACUGAACAAAAAACUGACAGAAGUUCUUGAAAACAAAAAAUUGGAAGAAAAAUUUACCCAGCUGUUUGAUGAUGGCUGGUUUAACCCAGAGGAACUAGAGAACUUCCGCAAGGAUAUCCAUUCAUUCCAAGCGAAUCGAAAUAACAAAGUUGCAGAGUAGGGUAUAUAGCAAAAUGGUGCCAAGUAUAUAAAUUGCUUCAUCCACCAUGUAGAUUGCUGAGUUUCAUCUUCCUUUGUGGCUCAUUCCGAGGACAUUUGAAGGCUGUUGAGGAUAUGUUGUAUUUCCGUUUUAUCCAUGGAAGAGGGAGUACAUAGAGCUUCGCUGGCAGACAGCACUAGUUCGGCAGAUUUAUUACAUUUUAGGGCUAGUUUGGCAACUCUAUUUUCCCUUGGGAAACGAAGUAAUUUCCGUUGGUAAAAUAAAAAUCCUUGGAAAAAAUAGGGUUGCCAAACUAGCCAUUUAUCGUAUUUAAAAUAUCGAACUUGGUAGUGUAUAUAUAUUAUAUCUGGAAGUGCUAGAUUAGCAUCACCCUCUUGGAUAAUGUUAGCAUUUAGCAGGGUUACACACGAUGUACUAGUGUAUGUAUUCUCAUUCUAGAGAUGCUGUAGAGUCUCCUGCUUAUCCGGGUAUAGACGUUACAGUUUCACAUCUGUUGUGCCGAGAUGGUGAUGGUAAUAGUAAGUAAAAAAAAAAAAAAACUCGCAGCAGCUUCCUGUUUCAGAUAUCCUGUAGAUUCUGCUGUUGCUGUUGUGACGGGGAUAGAUUAGAAUCAGACUUUUUCCUUGUUCAUGUUUUGCUUACGUGAGGGCAUCUGCUAGAUUGUUACUGUUAUGUCAGUUUUUUAACCUGAUUUGGGUAUAAAUAAGAUUCUGUGUUGAACA